CUCCGGGCGGACGUACUAUUGAUUGAUAGUUAUAACAUGAUGGCUGUAAAUGAAUAGGAAAAUUUGGUUUCUGGCUGUUGCAUAUAUGUAAAUAAGCGCGCAACAUUGUUCGAUCCUCUUCUUGCAAUAUACAAUUUAGUAUUAGAGUAAGUAUAAGUCAGUCCUCAGUUGUGACUGGUUGUCCUAUUCUAGACACGUGCUCUCAGUGAUCACUGAUUUUAAAUUUAUCCAGUAUGUUGUUUAUUAUUUUAGUAUCUACGGUGUCUAUUUUGAUUUUUCUUCACUUAUUAUUUAAUAGUAGUGAGAAGGCCAGGUUGAUCAAGAAAAUUCCGGGGCCCUGCGAUUAUUUCAUCAUUGGAAAUUUACUGGAAUAUAUAACAACACCUGUGAAAAUUUUUGGUGUAACUCGAAGGGCUGCCAACACAUGGAAAGGUAUUUACAGGUUCUGGUCUUGCAAUAUCGGUGCUAUCAACAUAUUGUCUCCAGAUCAUAUCGAGGCGAUAAUUUCUACAACGAAGUAUAACAGUAAAAGUGUGGUAUACGAUUUUAUGCAGCCAUGGUUACAAGAUGGAUUACUUCUCAGUGAUGGAGCAAAAUGGCAACAGCGCAGAAAGAUCCUAACGCCAGCGUUUCAUUUUAGUAUUCUUCAAAGGUUUUGCUUAACUAUCGAGGAAAAUAGUAGAAGAAUGGUGGAUUCGUUGGAUAAAAUUGCAGACGAAACUAUAGACGUCGUGCCUCUUAUGUCAGAGUUCACUCUCAACUCUAUUUGUGAAACAGCAAUGGGUACCCGAUUUUCCGAGGAAAUGGCUGAUGCAGGGGUGUCGUACAAAGCUGCAAUUCAUAGUAUAGGAAAAACUGUAGUGAAAAGAGUUACUAAUUUAAUAAUGCACCCAAAAUUUGUUUUUAAUCAUUCUGCUGUAGGAAUAGAGCAAAACAAAUCAAUAGAGAUAGUUCAAAAAUUUACAAAAAAAGUUAUAAACGAGAGAAAAGCAUUCAUAGAACAAUAUGGUGUGGAAAAUCUGGACGACGACAUUGAUCAAUACGAAUUCAACAUGAAUAGUAAAAGAAAAAGGACAGCCAUGUUAGAUUUGCUUAUUCAGGCGCAAAAGGACAAUCUGAUUGAUGAUCGAGGUAUACAAGAAGAAGUGGAUACCUUUAUGUUCGAAGGUCACGAUACCACGGCAUGUGGUCUCAUAUAUUGUUUGAUGCUAUUGUCCCACCACCAACAAAUUCAAGAUAAAAUAUUUGUAGAAUUGAACACGAUUUUUGGUGAUUCGGAUCGUAAUGCGAGCUACGAUGACUUGUCUAAGAUGCGCUACCUCGAAUGCUGCAUCAAAGAGUCCCUUCGUCUCUACCCACCCGUACCCUUUAUAGGUCGCCGGAUUACUGAAUCCACCACUCUAGAUGGAUACAAGAUACCUAGUGGUGUAUUCUGCCACGUUCACAUCUACGAUCUACAUCGUCGAGCAGAGUUGUUUCCCGACCCGCUGAAAUAUGACCCCGACCGCUUCUUGCCAGAGAACUGCAUCGGACGUCAUCCCUAUGCUUACAUUCCGUUUAGCGCAGGACCUAGGAAUUGUAUAGGCCAAAAGUUCGCUAUGAUGGAAAUGAAAUCAUCUUUAUCAGCUAUACUGCGGCGUUUCGUGUUGAAGCCCGUCACACAACCUUGGGAGUUGUGCUUAGCGGCUGAUUUGGUACUACGGAGUACCAAACCCAUCUACGUCACUUUCGAAAAACGAAAACCUGCACACCACGAUUAGUUUUGGUAUUUUUAACCAAGGAAGUUCUCAAUUCGUCAUUAUAUUGUUUUUCGCGCAUAUCUCCGACUUUUUUGUUUGGAAAAUUUUGUUAAUGAGACGAGACCAUAUUAAUUUGGUGAAGAUUUGCUAAAUUUUUUCGGAGAUAAACACCGGAACUCAUCAAAUAUGAACAGUACACACAUAGUUUUUGUUUGCCUUCAUGAAAAAAAAAACACUAAAAAUUAAGAAUUAUUAGAAAUAAUACAUAUAAUUUAGUAGUUUUAUUUUUAUGAAUUCGGUUUUAUGAAUGACUAUGAAUCUACCUGAUUCCCAUUCAUCAAAAUUAUUAUUAAUAAAAAUUUUAGUUAGAUAAUCGUCCCACUACGCAAAAAAAUACUUGGAUAAAACCUGUAAAUUAUAUGUAAAAAAAACUUGAAGGCAAAAAAUAACUAAGAAAAAAAAUGGCAGAUGAAUGAUCUCUUUAUAGGUAUAGUUUCUUUUGCAAUUUGCAAAGAAUCUCUUAGCAACUCAUUUUAGACUGUUUUACUAUAGUACCUACUACUCCAAGUAGGUGCUUAUACCAGAAUUUUACCGGGAGAAAUAGUGGUGUUUACUUUCUUUAUGGCGCGAUAAACUGUAGGCGUAUAAAAGAGGAAGGUAUAUUGUGUGUUAAUAUGUGUGUGGACAAAAGUUAUUUUAAACUUUAAACACUUUCACCCUUAUUAAUAAACAAGGAAUAAGCUUAGACUAGUUUCGUCGUGUUUUGUUCAUAUCACUCAAAUGCCAUUUCUCAUUCAAUAGACAGAGUCAAAACAUGGAGUAACAAAACCAAGCGUAGUCCUCGUUUAUUAAUAAGGGGUAUAUGCUCACUUUUGCUAUGGAGUUUAAUUAUAUAAAUCACUAUUUGAAUACUUAUUUUUGACAUUAUUUUGAUUUAUUUGUUGUAAUAGCAACUACAGUAAUAUGCAGUCUGUGACAAAUUCUUAGGACUACCUAUUUUCUUAAAAAAAGGAAGUCCUGUGACAGAUGGACUGAAUCAGACAACGAUAUGAUAUCAUUACAAUCAGAGGCAAUAAUAGAGUUUCGUUUGCUACAUGUUGCCCACGAUAUUUUUCGUAAGUUUUUAUCGCAGAAAGAUCACUGAUAAUUUUACAUUACCACUUCACCAUAACCAGAAAAUUAUCUUUUCAAUAAUGCUUUGGUUUCUACGUGUGAAAAGCUUUAUAAUGACUUUUCCUUUUUUGUAAUAAAACCUCCAAAUUAAUUAUCUUUAGGUUUAUUCUUCAAAAUAAUUAAUAACUAAAAAGAAAAGGCGAGAAACUGUUUUAACGCUAUAUACUCCUGUAGAGAGUAUUUGAAGUGUAAUUUAAAUAAGACUAUGUAUUUUUGCAUUGUAUUUUAUUUUUAAUUUUUGUACGCUUUGGGUUCUCGGGUCUAAAGUGCUUUCCCAAUCCUUUAACGCAAUAUUAAUCCAAGGCGUAAAUACCAUUUUCAGAAAUUAUUAUCUUAACCUGACAUGGUUUAUUUAUACUAAUAAUUAAAUGACAUACCGCAUAGACUGGUAGAAUAUAUGAACAAAAAUAACAACAUUAAAUUAUGUACCUAUAAUAUAUUCAUUGAAAUAAAUUCGUAUCUAUUUAUGUAAUAAACAAAGGAAAUAUUCUUUUGUCAAGGUUAUUAUUGGCAUUCUAAACUUGUUCAUGUAGUCGAGUUUUUACUUUUAUAAACUAUUAAUAAAUAUUUAUUAUCAUGUAUGCAUUUGGAAACGAAUUAUAAAUAUGAUGUAAUUUUUUGCUUAUGAGCUUUUUGUUUUCCGGUAUCUAAUUUGAAUUAACAUUCUAAGUUUUUAUAUAUUUUUUAAGCAUUUAACUGCUAGAUGAUUAAAUGUAAAGAUAAUCGCAGGUAAGCUUACUCAUCAUACCUACCUACCUACAAUGCGAAGAGAUGGCGCUGCCUUGCAGCCUAAGAAAUGUUAGAGAAUAUUAGGAAUAUUAAAAUUAUAAUGUAUUAAUACAAUUAGGGCCGCGGUAGCAUAGUGGUCAGUGCAUCCGUCCAAAUAGCGGAGGGUGCGGGUUCGAGUCCCGUCUGCUGCCUGUGUCUACGUGAAAUAUUUUCAAGCAAAAUUUCCUAAGUUUUUCUUUUUUAGAAAUAAAAAUCUAACAAUUGAAUUCCUAAAUAAUUAUUUUAUAAAAAGUAAGUUUAUGUUUAAUUUAAAUAAUAAAGAUAAUAAUUAUGAAUUACUAACUUUAAGUCACAUUAAUCUUAGGUAUAUUUCCCUUCAUUGUAUAACAAUAGAAGUGAACCACAGAGUUAGCUAAAGUUAAAUUUUACUAUAACUUUAACCGGCCUCGCUUAAACAAUUAAUUGUCACUGUCAAGUUAUGAUUUAUGGCCUCAUUUUGACUAUUGUCAAAUGGUGCAACCCGUUUUUACCUAACCGGUACAAUAAGUGAACAGUAAUAGUUAAACCAAGUUGGUGCAGAUCACGCGACAAAACAUCACUUUGACAAACAUUAAAGGACACCCGGCAUUAUGUACCAAAGUUGUAUACUUUUUUAAUUUUUUUAUCGGUGUUUCAUAAUUGGGUAACGUCAUGGGUAACGUAGUCUGGCAAUAUUUGUCAUCAGCAGCUACCUAUCAAUGUCAAAUACGUAGGUUUGUCAAUAUAACCUCUUUAAGUAGCCGGGUCGUCAAAAGAAAUAACGGAUAAAAAGGUAAUCACAGCAGAGAGCAUUCACAAUCACAGUACGCGGGAGCGGAUGCGAAAUGCGAAUGAUUUUUUUUGUUUGUAUUUUAGGAUUGUGAAAUUGACAUUUGGUUUUUUAUUUAGAAAAAGCAAAGGAAUCAUGGUUUUUACAGUCACGAGUAAUAUUUUGAAGUAAAAUUCUGUCCCUUGAAGAUUUAGGGUUUCCAUAUCAAAAAAUAUUAAUCAUUAUAUAACUUCUUUCCACGAUUCACUAAAAAUAAGGCAAAAGUAGUUUUAUGUAGCAAAUAAUUUUGGCUUUUUUUUGAGACCAAAUUCAACUGUAUACAAGUUUAGCAUUUGUUCUAUGAAAAGUGCCAGGUCUCCUUUAAUUGACGUCUGAGUGUUGCCGUUGGAGAAGUAUCAUCGUGUCUAAAUAGACAAUGCGUAAAUACGCAUCUUUUCAAAAAGAGACAUGAUGAAGAUGAGUUGAUACUAUACUUUUAACACCGGUGAUCUGUCGUCUAUUCGAAAGAUCCGAAAGAAGUGUCUUAUGAUCAGCAGUGCUAUUCUGUAAGAAUAAACUCUGUUUCCGCGUCGUAAUCCGCGGUGAGAUUCAAAAUUAUAAAACGAAUUUCAAAUAAAUUAGAAAUCACACUGGCAAAUUCUUCGGUCAAAAGUCAGUUUUCUCUUACACAAUACACGUAUGUAUAUAAUAGCGUAUUUUCCAAAAUUUUGAAAACUGCUUAUACUUAUUUAAAGAUUGGGACAAACGGUUUAACACAAAAAUAAAUAUAAAUUAAUUAAUGUCUUUUUUCUCCAUUAAACCAAUUAAAGUUAAAUUUAUUUUUAAUGGUUUUGAAUUUACCGCCAAAACGUUCGGUUUGAUGACGUCUACUGUGUGACGUCAACUUUGUGUAUGCUAUGUAAUCAACUGAAGGUCAAAUCAUUAACUUUUUUUACGUUCGGGGUAAAUUUAUAGUAUAAUACUUACAAAAAAUAUUUUAAAAGAAAAGAAAUCGUCCAAUAAUUAUUCCGUAAUCACAGAUCGUCCUCAGACUACAUCUGUGUUAAAAUUCUUUACACAAAGUUGACGUCACACAGUAGACAUCAUCGAAUCGAGCGCUUUGGCGUUAAAUGGGUCGAUCAACUUUUUCUUGUUCCGUGGUUGUCCUCAAGAGUAUACGAGUGUGGACUCAAGAAGAAAUACUAAUAUUUAAGGUUUAACUCCUUAAACUACUUAUAAGAUAAACUGGCAUUUGAUUUACGUGUCAAUAAAUCUAAUAUAAAUAUAUUUUUCUUGAAAAAUAAUGGUUACCCAGGGGAUGAAACUGUGCUUCCCAUACAAAUCAGAAAUGUCCCUUUUACAAAGCUAAAAUUUUUACGCACUGUGCUUUAAAAAUAGUCAAUGAAAAUCUCUUAAUUAAUAUUAGAUAAAGAAUAACAAUAUUACUAACUAUCUACUACAUCGUUAUUAGAUUUUUACUUGUAUUCAGAAUUAUUGAAAUUCCAAAAUAUCUUUACAUCUGUGUCCUCAGUGGUUUCAAUUAUUUGGGGUCCCCUGGCAAACUAACUAAUAUGCAACAAGUGCAAACGCGAUAGCGAUGUUAGUAGGCUCGACCAAUCAGGAAAGAGACUAGGUAUCAUACAAUCACGGCCAAGGUUGCUGUUCUCUCGAUUUCGCUUGGCCAUUUCGUCCGCGACUGCGUUAGAGUCAACGUGUGUUAAUUGGGUGUCCGCUGGGAGACCAACCAAAAACACGUAAGUAUUUUACCUAAAAAUAGUAAUUUGUACCUUAGUGCAAGGUAAUUGUUCUAAAAAUAUUAUGAAGAUGUAUUUUUUUACAAAUUUCCUCAAUUUCUUCCUUUUCUGGUUAGUUUAUCGCCAAAUAUCUCCUGGGUAACCCGUCCCUUGGGUCACUAUAGCGGUUACCCAAGAGACUUUUUGGUUACCUAAGAGACUUUGAUUAUUUUUGUUUAUUUUGUUAACAGAUGAUACCUAAUCUUCUUCAACCUUUAUCCACCCACUGCUGGGUAUAGGUCUCCUCCAUGGUGCGCCAAUUUGCUCGGUGUUGUGCGAUCCGGAUCCAAUUUCGUCCUGCUACUCUUGUGAUGUCAUCGGACCAUCUGGCGGGCUGCCUACCAACGUUUCUGCGUCCUGUUCUAGGCCGCCACUCCACAAUAGCUCGACUCCACCUGUCGUCCGUUCUGCGAGCCACGUCACCUGCCCACCUCCACUUCUUCCCUGCGAGUUCGCGAGCAAUGUCGGUUAGUUUUGUUCGUUUUCGUAUGCCCUCAUUGCGUACAAGAUCUUUCAGGGAUAUACCGAGCAUGGCAUGCUCCAUUUUUCUCUGAGCGACUUGCAUGGUGUGGACAUGUUGCCUUGUCAUAGUCCAGGUUUCGGCUCCAUAAGUCAGAACAGGAAGAACACAUUGGGUGAAUGCGCGACGUUUGAGGAAAUGUGGCAUCUUACUUUUGAAGAUGUCGGAUAAUUUGCUGAACGCUGCCCAACCCAGUCCAAUACGACAGUCGAUUUCUCUAGCCUGUCCGCUUUUAUCGAGUGUAAUGAGCUGCCCCAAAUACAAAUAGUCUUCCACCCGUUGGAUACGAUUUUCUGCUACUACUAUGUAUUCUAUACUUGGGUCUUGGCACAUUAUUUUUGUUUUUGAGGUGUUCAUGUGGAGGCCAACCGAUAUCGAGACGUCGUAUAGUUCCUGCAACAUACAUUGCAGGUCCGCUGUGGUCUCAGCAAAGACUAUUAUGUCAUCAGCGAAUCGCAAGUGACUUAAACGCUCUCCGUUUAUGUUGAUACCCCUAUUCGACCAGUCGAGGAGCUUAAAUAUAUCUUCCAGACAUGCCGUGAACAGUUUGGGUGAGAUGGUAUCCCCCUGUCGUACGCCUCUCUUUACAGGGUUGUGUUCCGAAAGAUCAUGGAGCUUGAGUUGAAGUGUGGCUGCAUUGUAAAUCUCUUUAAGUACAUCGAUAUAACUCGUAUCUACCUGACUCCUUUUAAGUGCAUUUAUGACGGCCCAAUGUUCCACAGUAUCAAAAGCUUUUUCGUAAUCAACAAAACCCAGAACAACUGGCAGAUUAUAUUCAUUGCACUUUUGUAUAGCUUGUCUUACUGUAAAUACAUGGUCAAUUGUUGAGAAGCCACAUCUAAAGCCCGCCUGUUCUCUAGGUUGGUAAGCGUCAAGUCUAGCAGUAAGACGCAGAGUGAUUAUUUUGGUAAAAAGCUUGUAUAUGUGACUGAGAAACCAAAUUGGCCUGUAAUCUGCUAAAUUGGAUACCUAAUAAUUUAUUACAAAUAAAACAUGUUCAAACUCUUCUUCGGCGGCUAUCUGGGCCCACUUAGAACCAAUAUUGACUGAAAUUCGAAACAAAUAUCCUCAAAUUAAAACUAUUCAUUUCUUCAGUGAUGGCCCCUUUAGCCAGUAUCGUCAAAAGCAAAAUUUUUAUCUAUGCUCAACCAAGACUUUUGAUAAAGGAUUUUCAUCUGUGACCUGGUCUUUUUUCGAGGCAGGCCACGGAAAGGGCCCCGCAGAUGGAGUCGGAGGUUUCCUAAAAAGGACAGCUGAUAAUAUAGUAGCUACCGGUAAAGAUAUUCAUAACGCUGAACAGUUUUUUGAAAUGCUUCGUGGCCAAAGCAAAAUUAGGCUUUAUAUGAUUUCUCAAGAAAGCAUAGAUGCUGUUGCUGAACAAUUGCCGAAAAAUAUCAAACCACUCGUGGGGACCUUGCAUGUGCAUCAGAUCUUUACAGAUGUCCGUGAAGAGUUGAUGUACAGAGAUUUAGGAUGUUUCUGCAACAGAGGUUUUUGCAACUGUUUCCAGUCAAAAAAAUAUAGACCUAUCAUUGUUUCUGAUGAUAAUAGAAGCAAUAAGAUAGAUAAGAAUAGCAAACAGACGGAUAAGAAAAGUAAGAAGACAACUGAUAAUAGACAAGAAAAAAAAGACUCUGAUUCUGAGGACGACAUUCCUCUAAGCACUGUUCUGACGAAUUUGUGUAAGUUUCGUGGCAAAUCGGUAUACAAUAUAAUAUACUCGCCGAAAAAUUCUGAUGAUGAAGAACAACAACCUGAGUCAUCAGGAUAUAAAACAGCUUUCCGCAUAGUAGAUUUUUUACUAGUGAAUGUACGCAAUUCCAAAGGUAAAAACUACAGAUACGCAUGCGUUAUUGAUGAUUUAGAUGACGAUGGUGAGAUAAAGGUUACAUUCCUGCGGUGUGUUAAUAAAGGCAUUGUGUUUCGUUUGAACACAAGCGACGUAGCAUAUAUCGAUCACACCGAUAUAAUUACUAUUAUACACCAUAAACCAGAGUGAGACCAAAUAUGGUGAAGUUUAUUAUAAAUUCAAAGAGGUCCUUGACGUUUUUGAAAAUUGACAUGUAAGACAAUUCUUACAGAUUUCAAUAAACUUAUAUAUAGUUUGUUGAUUAUUGUGCUAAUAAUUUGUGAUAAUGUAAGGAUGUGAUCUCAAUUACUAAGAGGCUGGUUUUAUCUAGAUUUUGUUAAUUUCUUGAGCUUAAAUUUGUGAUGUUGGUUAGAGUAAAUUCAUGUAGGUUAUAAUUUCCUCACUACAGUUAGUGUUCAUUAUUUAGUAGACAUUAAGACUGAUUUCCAAGACUGUACGACAUUUUAAUUAAAUAAAGCAAAUAUUUCUAAGAAUUGUUUAAUUUGACCGUCUGCUACUUCUUAGUGCAUGUUACUUACUACCUACUAUACAACGUCUAGAGCUCUCGUUAGUUGUUGCCGUAAUAUAUUGUCUCUUGAGUCACUCAAUUUGUCUCUUGGGUCACUAAGUGUCCCUUAUUUUCAGAAAAGAUGUCUUUAUUUUUUUGUUAAAAAAAAAUAGGUAACUAAUAUUUUUUGUAAGCAGCAGUUAUUUAUACUUGAGACAUUUAAAAUCUAAAUAAAACUAUUUGAGUUUAACAGCAGAAUCGCAGGUAAUUUAAUAAAAAGUAAUUUGUUUUUAUCAUUGGUUACCCAAGAGACAGUAAAUUAAUAGUUUCUAAAAAUGUAAUAGCUUUUUAACAUAUUUUUUUCUGCAUUAGUAGUUUGAACGUCUUAUUAAUACUGUAAGUGCGAAAUGUUAUUGCAAAAGUAUAUUAAUACAGUAGAAAAUUGUAGCUUUGAAACUGGUUAGUCAAUGGACAUAAUUCGAGGUUCAUCUUUGAUUUUAAUGUGAAAAGGGUAUAAAUUUAAGGUUUACUUCACGCCACAUAUUGUCAUUGAAAUAUUUAAUACAUUUUUAUUUAUUUUUCGAUAAAAAAACUAAAUAAUAUUGAAAUUAUAUUAUUUUGACUUUUUGGACGUUUGAUACAAGAAAAAGUUGAUCGACCCAAAUACAAAACCAUUAAAAAUAAAUUCAACUUUAAUUGGUUUAAUGGAGAAAAAAGACAUUAAUUAAUGUAUUUUUAUUUUUCUGUUUAAUCAUUUGUCCCAAUCUUUAAGUAUAAACAGUUUUCAAAUUUUUAGAAAAUACCCUAUUAAUGCCGCCGUAAACCUGACAUAAUUUCCCAACAUUUGUAUAAACUUAAUUAAAGUAAAAAUCUUAUCUGGAAGACUUGAUUUAUUAAUAUAAGUAGUAUAAGAAUUGGACACUAUUUAAUUAUGUAUCGCAAAAGUUUGCAUGCCAAAAAAAAUAUUCUCAUCACAGUGAACACUUCUUAAGAUUACUUAACAUAUUACUUAUGUAUAUUGUGUAGGACAUGAUCCCAAAAACCAUUCGCAUCACAAUCAACACUACUUACCAUAACUUAACACAAUUACAUGUGUAUUUUCAUGAAUAUAAUGAUGCCAAAAGGCAUUUGCAUUAAAGCGUGUUAUAGUACGAGGUUCUAGUGUGUACGCUUUGUAAGCGUCGUCGCGUCGGUCGGCUCGCUGCAAACCGCACGCGUACCGGUCGCAGCAGGUUAGCGAACCACGUACACACUAUGCUUUUUGGUUACAGUGCAUGCAACGGUUACGGUUACAGCUCGCUAAUGAGUACCCGGCUUAACGUUGCACAAUUUAUUCAAUGUUAUUGCUUCAGUAAUGUCCAAAUACGUGAAGGAUACAGUCCCAUGCACUGCUCGCAUCACAAAAUAAGUCAUAGGAUUAUAUUUGACGUUAUUACUUCUGCAAUUUCGAAGUACGUGAAGGAUACAGCCCCAUUGUGCUGUUCGCAUCACUAAAACAUGUCAUAGGAAUAUAGUUUACAAGAUUAUAAAAAUGCUAAUAAAUGCCCAAGUAAUAAUCGUUGUGUUCUGUUCGCAGCAGUGUUAAUAGCAAAAAGGUACUUGAUAUUGUUUAAUUUUUGCCUUGAACUUUGCAUUUGAUAAGAUUUAUGUAAUGUAAGGCAUAGAUGAAUAAUUGGUCUCGCUUCGUCGAGUGAAGCGAGACCAAUCAUUCAUCUAUGAUGUAAGGUACCUGUGAGUGUGAAUCCAACAAACUACUUUUUGGUUUUUACUUUCUAUCUUCCGCAAAUAUUUAAUCUUUAGGUAUUUGAAGCCCUGUAUAUUUUUUUUUCACUCUUUAAAUAUAUAUGUCGAAAAUUCAAGAGUAUUAUUAUUAUUAUUUAAAUGUCCAGACUCGAUAUCGCUGGCAUGGCCAGCGGUUAUGCCUGGCUCGUCCAUGGAGAAGUUUGAUUGAAGAAUAAAAAGUAAUUAAAUGUGCAACACUAUUUUUUAAUAAAUCACUUUUAACGAUUACAGUAACCUUGUUUUAUUUUUAACAAUUCACUUCACUCACAAAUCACUUUAAACAAUCACUUAUCUUAAUAAUACUAAAUUCAAUAAUAUUUUUUAAAAGGUAAAGAUGAACAAAGGGGCAGAGCUUUUGCUCACUACCGUUCAGUUCAAGAAUCAGACACACAGUGCCCAAGCCUGUGCCCCGCCAUCGAACGAUCGCACCGCCCCUACUCCACGACCACUUGGAGCGUGGACCAAUGGCGUUGCGCCGUUCCGAUCACGCGAUAUCGUUAACAGACAAAUAAGUCUCCUAAUUAUAAUCUAACUAAAUUUAGUAACAAAUAGCUACAGAUUUUCAACUUUAAAUUAACAAAAUAAAUUAAAUGAAUUAAUCAAUACAAAACUUUAGCUUUAUAAUAAGUGUCAAUCAACUUUCGUGUCAUAAUGUCAGUCACAUGACUUUUACAAUAAAAGUACUUAAACCGAUGGUCUAAACCAUCGAUUACAGUAAAUAAUUUAAAUGAAAAUGCAAACAUUAUUUCCUCUUAAUUUUAGAAUAGACAGUAUCAUAAUUAUUAAUCGCUAUUUUGCCUUAAUCAACUAUGGUAAUAACGUAUGCGGCGACAUAUA